AUGAGCGUUCAAAAUCUCGCUGAAAAUGAGCUCGUGGCGCAAUUGACGGCCAAAGUCAAUCUUCUCCAAAUGCAAGUUGAUGCUUUACGCUUCGAAAACGCAAUAAUGCAGGAAGAACUGGAUGCUCGGCAAGAAGAGAUUGUUGCUUUCCUCGACCGAUCGCAUGACAUUUUGAACAACGCCCUUUUGGACGAAGAUGAAGCUUCUUUGUACAGCGAAGGAGAUGCUCUCAGCGACAUAGAGGCGGAAGAGAAUCACUUCAUCGAGAUCGAGAUGGAAAGUGACGAGGAUAGCGGAAUCAACGAUAUUGAUGUUUUUUCGACAGAUUCGGAAAACGAAUAA